AUGGAAUAUUUAUUAGCAUCUCACCAUAAUUCCGAUCCACAAAAUCAAAAUAAUAAGAAAACUUGUGCUGAAUCACAACCACCAUACUCGGCACCAAAUCUAAAUGAUCAUACAAGGGAACAAUCACAUCAUCACCAAUCACCACAUUUAUUCUUCGCACAAAUUCAAAAUGUUAAGAUUUGGUUUCAAAAAUCAUACGGGGCAAAACCAAGCAAUCAAUAUAAUCUACCAUUUAAAGCACCAUCACACUACCUAUCCCAUUCUCAAAAGGAAUCUCGUUAUGAUUCCACUGGUGCAUCAAAUUCAUCAAGAUCAUCCCAAUAUCCUUCUCACAAUGAAAAGGAAUCUCGUUAUGAUUCCUCGGGUGCAUCAGCCUCAUCGCCAUCAUCUAGAUCAUCACCAUCCCAUUUUGAAAAGCAAUCUAGUUAUGAUUCCACCGACAAAAAAGAUUCUACAUUUAAUUCAAUUGCAAAAACUGGUUUUAAAACGCCAAAUCGCGAAGUUAUUCCAGGCAAAGGUUUUAAUAAUAAUGCAGUGGAUGUAUAUAAAUUAAGUUUAGGUUUAGGUGUUUCAAGAUCAAGUAGUAAUAGGAGAAUAGUUAUGUCAAUUUGUGGUAUAGAUCCAUUAUUAUCAGAAUCAAUUCAAAAAGAUAAUUUUAAAUCAUAUUCAUUGAUUAAACUCAAAAACUUGUUACUGCUAAAUUAA